ACAGUGGAAUCUUAAUAAUCUAAAAAAAUUGGAAUUAAUUCGUUGAUGCAAAAUUUUAUGUCUCAGUGUGCGUAUUAGGAAAUUCGUGAUUUCAAAUGUAGCGAUGUGAAAAAGUAUCAAAUUCGUUAAAUUUUAUUGUCCGCACACAUUUCGAAAAAAAUUAUCAAGAAUUUGGCGCCACAGAAUCAAGGUGUUGUAAUGGAAAUCGUCCCCGGAAGAAAUACACCUGUAUCCCAACUGAUUGUUCAAUGGGCAUUCACUGGGAUCCGUUUUGCUUUGUCCAACGGGACAAUGAUUGGGUUUAUCGCGUGUUUUGAACUUUUGAUACUACUUUUGCGACCCGACAUUGUUGACAAAGAUAAUAGAGUACGUAUCGUUUCGAUAGAGGAGAUGCUGGGCAGUUAUGACUUCGUAAUAAUCGGAGGAGGAUCUGCAGGAGCCGUACUUGCUAACAGACUAUCGGAAAAUACAAAUUGGACUGUGCUGCUGUUGGAGGCUGGGAAUGAUGAAGGAGUUAUCUCUGAUGUACCUUCGCUGACUGCAUAUCUUCAGCAUACCGAAGUCGACUGGGGAUUCAAAACUGAAAAUUCAUCGACCUAUUGCAAAGGCAUGGUCAACAAUCAAUGCAACUGGCCCAGAGGUAAAGUACUUGGAGGGAGCAGCGUCAUCAAUUAUCUGAUGUACGUUCGUGGCAAUCGAAACGAUUACGACCGAUGGCAGGACUUAGGAAAUCCCGGAUGGGGAUAUGACGACGUUCUACCGUACUUCAAAAAAGCGGAAAACAUCUCCAUCCCUGAACUCCGCUCGUCUCCUUACCAUGGGACCACUGGGUAUUUGACUGUUGAACACGCAAGAUACAAGCAUCCGAUUGCAAGCUAUUUCCUCAAUGCUAGUCUUGAAAUGGGCUACUCUGAUGUGGAUACGAACGGAGAGACGCAGACUGGAUUUAUGUACCCGCAAGUAACUGCGAGAAAUGGCCUCCGGUGCAGCUCAGCAAAAGCCUAUCUGCGUUCCACAGCUGGAAGAGAAAACCUCCACGUGCGCACGAGUUCUUUGGUCACUAAGAUUCUCGUGAAUGAAAGCACAGAAACAGCUUACGGCGUUGAAUUUAUUCAUGAAGAUGUGACAUACACCGUCCGUGGUGAAAAUGAGGUUAUACUGUCAGCAGGCACUAUUCAAUCGCCUCGCCUAUUAAUGCUCUCAGGAAUCGGUCCUAAGGAACACCUGGAAGACGUCGGCAUUCAGGUUAUUCUGGAUAGUCCAGGAGUCGGGCAAAAUCUUCAGGAUCAUGUCGGAAUUGGAGGACUCACCUAUCUGAUUGAUCCUCCAUAUAAUUCAUCAACAUCUACUCUUUCGGAAGCAGAACAAUUCCUGGCUCAGGGAAACGGUGCACUGUAUGAUGUAUCUUUCGGCGAAGUCAUAGGUUUCACCACUUCCAGCUAUGCUAACAGUUCCCUCGAUUUUCCUGACCUCCAGUUUUUACUCUGCUCGUCGACGUUCAACCAAAACAGCGAACUUCUCAAGAGUGCGUUUGGUCUCGAAGAUGAUCUCUACGAAACCUUAUUCUCGAGUAUAAUUGACAAGGAUGCCUACAGUAUAAUACCACUUUUACUACAUCCGAAGAGCAGAGGCUACAUCAAGCUGAGAGAUAAUAAUACCGCACAGCAUCCAGUCAUAGUUCCGAAUUACUUUGACAACGCACAAGAUUUAGAGAUUUUGGCAGAGGCAGCCGAUUUCAUUCAAAAUUUCAGCCUCACGUCGACCAUGCAGGCAUUGAAUGCAAGCAUCAACUCUAACUUGAUACCGGAUUGUGCUCACUUGGAAUUUCCAUCUCACGACUAUUGGCGCUGCUACGCACGGUUCUAUUCAUUAACGAUUUAUCACCCUACUUCCACAUGUAAAAUGGGCCCUGAAAAUGAUGAAAUGGCUGUAGUGAACGAACGCCUCCAGGUUUACGGUAUAAAUGGUCUCCGUGUUGCGGACGCUUCUAUAAUGCCGAACAUAGUGUCCGGUAAUACCAAUGCUGCAGUUAUUAUGAUCGCAGAAAAGGCAGCUGAUCUUAUUAAGGAAGAUUGGAAUUGUCAGUAAUCGAGCAAAUGAUUAUCCAAAGUAUCUU